AGCGGCGGGAGGGUGGGAGCGAUGGCGGCGAUCGCGGCGGGUGCGGGGCGCUGGGAGGUGGUGAAGAAGGGGCGGCGGCCGGGGGCCACCGGCGGCGGGCGAGGCGGCGGAGCGGACCGCCGGACCCUCGGGGAGGCGAACGGAGUGUGGAAAUACGACCUGACCCCUCCCAUCCAGACGACAAGCACCCUUUAUGAGCGGGGCUUUGAGAAAAUCAUGAAGAAGCAGAAUAAGGAGCAGGUUCCACCCCCCGCCGCGGAGCCUAAGAAACCCUCCAACAAAAAGCAGACCAAGAAGGUGGCGACCCUCACCAACCAAAACCAGAAGCAGGGCCGCUUCCGCAGCCUGGAGGAGGCACUGAGAGCCCUGGACGUGGCAGCUCUGCAGAAGGAACUGGACAAGAGCCAGAGCGUGUUCUCCGGGAACCCAUCCGUGUGGUUGAAGGACCUGGCCAGCUAUCUCAACUACAAGCUCCAAGCCCCUCUGAGUGAGCCCACACUAAGCCAGCAUACUCACGAUUACCCCUACAGCCUGGUGAGCCGCGAGCUGCGUGGGAUCAUCCGAGGGCUGCUGGCAAAGGCGGCGGGGUCCCUGGAGCUCUUUUUUGACCACUGUCUGUUCACCAUGCUGCAAGAGCUGGACAAGACGCCAGGGGAGUCGCUCCAUGGCUACCGUAUCUGUAUCCAGGCCAUUCUGCAAGACAAGCCCAAGAUUGCCACCAUGAACCUGGGCAAGUUCCUGGAACUGCUGAGGUCUCACCAGAAUCGACCAGCAAAGUGUCUGACCAUCAUGUGGGCCCUGGGUCAAGCAGGUUUCGCCAACCUCACCGAGGGGCUGAAAGUGUGGCUGGGGAUCAUGCUGCCAGUGCUGGGCAUUAAAUCCUUGUCCCCCUUCGCCAUUGCAUACCUGGAUAGGCUGCUCCUGAUGCACCCCAACCUCACCAAGGGCUUUGGCAUGAUUGGCCCCAAGGACCUCUUCCCACUUUUGGACUUUGCCUAUAUGCCCAACAACUCCCUGACACCCAGCCUGCAGGAGCAGCUGUGUCAGCUCUACCCCCGAUUGAAGGUGCUGGCAUUUGGGGCAAAGCCGGAAUCCACCCUGCACACCUACUUCCCCUCCUUCCUGUCCAGAGCCACCCCUGACUGCCCUCCUAAGAUGAGGAAAGAGCUCCUGAGCAGCCUGACCGAAUGCCUGACGGUGGACCCCCUCAGUGCCAGUGUCUGGAGGCAGCUAUACCCCAAGCACCUGUCACAAUCCAGCCUGCUGCUGGGGCAUUUGCUCAGGUCCUGGGAGCGGAUUCCCAAGAAGGCACAGAAGUCUUUGCAAGAAACCAUUGAAUCCUUCAAGCUUACCAACCAGGAGCUGCUGAGGAAAGGCAGCUGUAAUAACCAGGAUGUCGUCACCUGUGACACAGCCUGCAAGGGUCUGUUGCAGCAGGCUCGGGGUUUCCGGCUGCCCUGGACACGGCUGCUCCUGUUGGUGCUGAUCUUUGCCAUAGGUUUCCUGUGCCACGACUUCCGGUCACACAGCUCUUUCCAGGACUCCCUUUCUGGCCGGUUGCUUCAAUCAUCUGGCUUCUUGCCUGCUGGCCAAAAAGCAUGUGCCAAGAUCUACUCCUACAGCCUGCAAGGCUACAGCUGGCUGGAGGAGACGCUGCCGGCCUGGGGCUCUCACCUGCUGACUGUGGUGAGGCCCAGCUUGCAGCUCGCCUGGACCCACAUCAAUGCCACAGUCAGCUUCCUUUCUGCCCACGGUGCCUCCCACCUUGUCUGUUUGGGUGACAGCCUCGCCAGCCUCUCCCAGAGGCUCCAGCUCCCUGAGGGCCUGAACCAGCUGCUCCAUUCUCUGAGGGAGCUGCUCCUGCUGCUGCACCACAGCGUGCUGCUGCCAGUGUGGCACCUGCUGCUCGAGGCCCUGGCCCAGGCCCAGCAGCACUGCCGCCAGGUGUGCAGAGGUCCGGUGACCUGGGACUGCGUGAAGACACAGCUCAGCGAGGCUGCCCACUGGACCUGGCUCUGCCUACAGGACAGCACGGUGGCUUUCCUGGACUGGGCACUUGCUAUGAUAUCCCAGCAAUAGGCCCUGCCUCCUUGGCCACUGGUCUCUGUCUGAGACGGGCCAUCUGAGACUGCGGCAGGCAGUUCUGCAUGGGGUCUUUUUUACUUGGUGCCUGAGUUCUGUCUUCUAGGCAAGUGGCCAGUUGUCUCUUCCCCAAUUUUUGGUGAUGACUGAGCCCAGGGGUAUCUCAGCGUCCUACCCACGAUCCCACUGAGCACUUCUCUGGCCCUAUUGCACAUAGCUCCCAGCAUCUGCCCUUGGGCGGUAGCCUCUCCAGCCUCCUCUCUUGUCUCCUGCCUUUAUCUCACUCCGGAAGCCCCAAACACCUCAUCCCCGAAGGUGGGUCUCCAGUGAGUGGCUUCUGCAUUCUUCGAUGAAUGAUUUCGCUCCCAUACUUCAGCCGCAGCAGGAAAAGGAGAGGGACUUCCAGGAGACUGGCACCCCAGAGGGGAAGAGCAGCUUCACUUCCGCCCACAGCCUGCACAUGAGAGGGCCGCAUGGAGAAACCUCUCCGCUCAAAUGCCCAGCGUAGGUCCUUCCAGGCCCCUCACUGCCCGCUCCAUCGCGAUCCUUUCUCCUCCCCAUUCCCCUUCAGUGUGGAGGGCCUCUGCCUCCAAGUUCAGCUUCUCGCUGUCCCCCACCCCUCAUUCUGUCUGGGGAGCAGAGUCCAGUUAGUUGUGUGCCUCGGGCCCAGGGAACCUUCCAGCAGCCUGUUGGGACAGGAUUCAGUAGAUGCUCCUAAAUAUGCCUACAGGUGGAAUAAAGGACAGAGAUUUGAUUUCUAGCUUUCCUCUCUGCCUCCUCACAUAGGCAUUCCCAUAGCUUGGACAGGAUAAACUAUAGGCACCUGCAUAUUCCCCAUGGCCCCCUGCCCGCCUAAAGGUUGUAGCUGCUGGUGGUAAUUGAACUUCUGGUUAAGGAAAGCCCACACCCAUCCUAAACUUCGGCCUAUUGAGGGUUCUGACCUCUUGCUCCCCUAGUCUCACUUGUCACUGUGAUUCAUGUCCCAGUUGUGAUUUGCCUUGACAGCUUACGUGAUUUAUGCUUGGAAAUGCAGGGAAGAGUCUCCUAGGGGAAUUCUUGGCCAGCAGUCAGGUGUCUUCUUCCUUGCCAGGACCUAAAUUUAUUAAUUGGUUUGUUUUCUAAGGCAGCGAGUGAACGAUUUAGAACUCUUAAGAGACAGGAUCAAGGGUUUACCACCAAAGUCCCUUUUAAUUUUUGACUUAAGACUACUAUGACUGCAUUAGUUCUCACCUCGAGUUUCUUGGAUGUUUCAAAACACGCAGUAGGAGAAGUGCACUGCCCACUCACAUUUUUGUUUCCUUGUUAGAAUGUUACCUCUUGGGAGUUAAAUAGCCCACGUUGGGCAGAACCCAGCUCUCCUGGUGGCAGCCAUGACCAUUUUUUCACAGAAAUUGGAAACCCUGCCUGGCAAAGAGCAAUGGUCUAGGACUGCUGGACUGGAUUGCCUACGGGUCCCAAAACGUGUCCCAUUUCCUCAAUUCUUCCUCACCAAUCAAACAGAUGGGUUCAAUUCUUAGGAAUAGUGAAGCUUUGGAACUGGCCUGUAUUCGUGGCAAGUAGAAGGGGCUGGUGUGAUCCUACAUUGGCAACAGCAAAGGACAAAGGGAUGAUGACACUGUCCUACAAUGACCUCGAGUCCAGCCAAGGCUGCUGGGCUGAGUUCUUGCGAUCCAGCAACUCCAAGAAUGCUACUUACAAGUGCUUCGUUGGCUUCUGUGUGUACUACGCCGGGUUCAUUUCAUUUCUGACGUAAUCUUGGGGUGCAACAUUUCCCUUCAACUUAGGUUAACUGAGGUAUCCACAGCCUCUCACAAGGACACUAACACCUGAAUUGGCUUUGAUAGAUGUUGGUGGACCCAAUAUUGGAAUUGCCCAAAAUUCUUCCUGUGUCAAGGGAGUAGUCCAGCGUUUCACCUGCUGUCCAUUAAUGCUAAACCAGAUAUCCAGAUGUUUCAUUUUUGCAGAACUGUCAACAAACUAAUCCAAAAAUGUGAGUGGGCAGUGCACCUCUCCUACUGCUUGUUUUGAAACAUCCAAGAAACUCGAGGUGAGAACUAAUGCAGUUAUGGUAGGCUAUCAGUGAGCUGAACCAGUGUGGACUGGUGGAGCAAGCACACUGGUGCUGACGGGUGGGCGGGGACUGUUGGUGUUAUUAGAACAGAAUCUGACAACUCAGAGGGUCACAUCUAGACAUUGUAACUACUUCUCACACCCAGCUGGAGUUCUAUAGAUAACGUGCCAUAAAGCUGAAGGGCAGUUUAAAUAUGGUUAUCUCUUACUAACCAGUUAUUACAGAUUGUGUUGACCUGCAAUUUACAUCACAAGACUCACUUGAAACACGUUUUUCUAAGCUUAAACUAUGUUUCCACAUUCCUCUGGUUAUUUGUACCCAGUCUACAGCUUUAGAGCAGGCCAACUUGAUGGACCUGCCCAACUUACUAUGGAUAGAUGAUCUUGCCAGGCAGAUAACGCCAGGCAGAUAACGCUGGUCUCACGCCUGCUGGCCCAUUCUCAAAUGCCACCACCCUGAGGUGAAGUGUUUCCCACAGAGAGGGACGUGCCUUCCCUGCCCUAUUCCAGAAUGACCCAGUUGUCAGUGACACUGAAAUUUCAAUGGUUGGGUGACCAGCAUUUUAAUGCUGUCUUAUCUCCUGAGUUUGAAUUUAAGUGAACACUUCAAGUGAUCUAACUUUUUAAAAAUUUUCUUCAUGGUUCUGCUCCCAAAAGGACUUGAGGGGAUAAAGGACUUUGCUUUCCAUUUUACUGAGUAUUUUUCAUUGCCCCACACUUGAGAUAGAAGAAAUUUGAGGGGACAGGGAAGCUUCCAUUGUUCAGGGUAUGAGUGAAUAUUUAUUGAAUAUUGGAUAUUCUGCCUAUGAAUAAAAUAAUUGAAUUCAGACACA